GACAACAGAAUGUUGUAGAUUGCGGGUCAGGCGGCUGUUGCAAGGACUUGUAAGAUCCAGGAACAGUUUUCCUCAUUUGCUGAGUACAGUUAAUCUCCACCAUGGGGAAAGGCGAGAAAAAGGGCAAGAAAGGAACCAAGAAAAAGAAGGGAAGUAAAAAGUCUCAGAAAGACAAGAUGACAUUUGCAGAAGCUCUUCUGGCUUAUCAAAUUCAGAUGAAGGAGAGCCGGAUCGAAGAGCUGCUCACCGAGCUGAAGCAAAUGGAAGAAAAGAAUGUGAGAUAUAAAGAAAGGAACGAGCGCUUAAAAGCCGAGCAAUCCGUGCAUGUUAAGGAGCUGCUGAGCGAGGCAAAGGCCCAGGAAAAAGAAGUGGAAAAGAAAGAAGUCGUCAACAGAGAACAAGUAGAUGAAGUGAUAAAAGAGAAGUGGCAAUAUAUCCGCCAGCAGGAAAUUCUGUUUGAAGAGCUUCGCAGUGAGAUAAAUGGUCUGGAGCAGAAGAUUAUGUUAGCAGAAGCGGAGAAGAAUUACUGGCUGCAGUAUAAGAAUGUGGGAAGCUGGGAACAUGCCAGACAGAUCCAACACUUACAGGAAGAAAUCAGCAACAUUAAACAGAACUUCACUGAAAUAGACGAAUAUUUCAAAAGAAGUCUGGAGAAGACAAGACUUGACAUAGAUAGAGAAACAGAGAAGAAAAUGGAUCAAACCAGAGAGAUGGCGACACAGGACGCAGUAAACAACAUUGAUGAUGAGAGUCGGAGGGAGAUUAAGGAGAACGAAUGGUUAAAGCGAGAGGUUGAUAUCUACAGCAAAGACAUUCACGAUCUGGAGGCGUCUGUCCUUAAAACCGAGCAAGAAAAUUUGCAAUUAAUAAAUCAUCUUUUUGAUUGCCGACUUGAUGACCUAAAAAAUUCAAGGAACACAUUCUUGACUCAGGUGGUCAGCCUGGAUCUCCUGGCGGAUGGCUUACUAGGAGAAGACUUUGCCAAACUAGACUUGGACACGACUUCAGGAGCAGAUGAAAGAUGUAAGAAUGAGACGCUCACAGAGGAGGAGGACAACCUAAUCUAUGCAAACAGAAAGGAGAUGAACCCCCCUACAAUUCUGGGGCUCAAUCAUCCACUACACGAAAAGGAGGAGGGCUUCAAGGAGUCUUCACAAGCGGGCCCUCUGGAGCUGAAGUUGUUAAGUGUUAUGGGACAAACCAAGCCGAUACACAAGCAGAGCGCGGACACAAAGCUUCCAGAGCAGCCAGACAGCAGAGUUAGGUGGCCGCUUACACAGAGGAUGAUAAAAUCCGCCUUCCCGUAACCAGCUAAACACAAAGUAAUAGUACCGCCAUCAUUCAUCAGACACUGGUGCUGGGACAACCACAGGAAGGAACGUGACCGCGGCACUAUUCUAAUAUAGAAGCCUGCAUGAUGACUGUUUCCAAGGAUUGGCUGACCAAAGAGAAGGCGCCCGAGGAUUAGGUGACUCUGUAGCAUUUACUGGCAGAGAUGACCCAUGGGUGACUGAUACUGGGUGGCUAUGAUGUGCAUUCUGCAGGGCGUGGCACUUCCACAAGGCCUUCCUGUCUAGGCGACCAUCUCUUAAAGGGGCGACACAAGACUAGAAGAACAAGGAUGAACUCCACUGAAGGGAACGUUGUGGAGUUGGGGAUCCCACAGUGGGGCACGGAGCGGGUGUAGAACCACAUCACCCUUCAUUGAUUUUUUUUUCCUUGUACAGUCAACUGCUGAGCAGGGAAAAACCAGAAGGCGACGCAACGCUAAACCAGCUCUGCUUCAUCCUCGGUCUCAGGAUCAUUGGUGUUGCAGAGUUCAGACCAACAGAUCACAAGUUGAUGGGUUAUCCUCGGGACACGGCAUUGCUUUAGGAGAUAGGAAUACCCCUUUAAGUGCAGCCACGUUCAGAAAAGCUGCAACGUUUCCCCUACAGGCCAAAUAAUGUACUACACAGAGCCAUUCAAAUGAACGGCCAUCUUUGAGAUACACCGACAGCUGUGUCCAGCAGAGCUUCUCAGCGGUAGCGGGCGCGGAUCUAUGCUCUGCUUGAGGGGGUCCCAGGGGCAAGUCAAAUUCUCUAUCAUCUCCAUAUGGUGACAAAACUUUUUUUAAAGGGGCACUUA